GUGCUGAAACGUCCUCAAUGAUGCUCAAGUCUCACUUGUCGAUCGAAGAGAAGCUGCUAUGGAGCGUUAUGUGAACAAGAAAAGCACAAACAGAUUACAGCUUGACUGAUGGUGUUCUUCUGGCACAGUUCUUCGCUUGGUUCCCUGUCAACAACAACAGCAGUCCAUGCGAGAGGGUGAUGGCAGCACUGGUGUCGAAGCAUAAAAGCGGAUAACGGAAAGAGUUGCCUUAGCCUUCAAGCUUCAAGCAUUGCUUGUACGAGUUGCUCAGCUCACACCAGUCCAAGCACAUACAACACAAGGAAAGACAGCAUCCAAUAGUCAUGGCGGAAGAGAAUCUGGAAGAAGAAGAGGCUGCAAUACCUCUGGAGGAGGGUAUUGGUCUGCCGGUUGGUAAAAAGGGCAAGAAGAAACGAGAUGGUUCCACCCUCAGGAAAGCCCCACAGGCCCCCAAGAGAUUCAAGAGCAGCUACAUUUGCUUUUUUAUGGCCAAACAACCAGAAAUCAAGGAGGACCUUGGAGAUAAGGCAACUGUGACAGAGAUCUCAAAGCGUUCGGCUCAGAUGUGGCGUAGCUUGCCUCCUGAAGAACGUGCUCACUGGGACGAUGUGGCAGCCAAAGACAAGCAGCGAUACAUGGUAGAAAAGGCGUCAUAUACUGGACCCUGGCAGGUUCCUUGGAAGCGUGCCAAAAAGGACCCCAGCGCACCAAAGAGGCCAAUGUCUGCAUUCCUUUAUUUUUCGCAGGGUAAAAGGCGCCACCUCAAGGAGGCAAACCCUAGCAUGAAGAACACUGAAGUUUCGAGACUCCUUGGUGAAAUGUGGAGAAACGCCCCUGAUGAUGAAAAGCGCCCCUUCAUUGAGCAAGAAAAGGCUGAGCGCGAGAAGUACAAAGUCGCAAUUGCAGACUGGCGAAAGGACAACGACAUGCGAAUAGAAAAGGAACGAAAAACGCAGGCUGAACAAGCUGCUUACGCAGCUUCGAACAUGUAUGGGGAUCCCCAUAAUAUGGAUCCUCACCAACAACCACAGCAACCUUACAUGGACCCAAACGCAAUGGGUCAAUAUCACCCCCGGGGUCCACAUAUGCCACCACCGCAGGGACAGGGCUACAUGUACGGGGGGGCUCCGGUGUAUCCCUACACAUACCAGCCAGUAAGCCCUUAUCAGUAUCCAACCAAUGGAAAACAGCCGGUAAUUUUGGGGCCUUCAGGAACUCCGGCUGGUCGCUACCCACCACCGCCUCCACCGGGUUCAGUGAACUAUGGAACAGGCCCUCCACCGCCUCAACAUCACACCCAGCAACAACAGCCAAAUGUGCCCAUGCCGGCUCCUGCGCACGCCGCUUAUGGCUCGCCGCCACCAGGUCCACCUCCACCGCAGUACGGAUAUGACCUGGGUUCGAGUCAGCCACAGCAACAUCAGCAGCCACCGCCGCCACAACCACACACACAGCAACAUGAUUAUCACCCUCACCCUGAAGAUGCUGGACUUGAUCUGGCGCCGCGGCAUCAUCGCCCUCCUUAUUAGGACAAAGGUUGGGGAUUCCUGAAAUCGGGCUGGGGAUCAAGUUGUACCAUUACUGUCAAGCCGAGAGUGUCAUGUUUCUGAGAGCCUGCCUCCCCAUCUAUCUUCUUGUAUUGUUUGUUUUGCUAAUGUUUGCUAUGAAAAAAUGAAAAAAGUUGCCGUGCACCCGCGAAGUAAAAGUUUUUGUCGAAGUGAAUAAUUGAUGAACGUCCUUACUGUGCGAACCAAAACCGGGUGCAUGCGUUGCAAGUCUGUAACUAAUAGUGAUCCAAUUACUGUGCACAAU